CCAAAAGCAAGAGAUAAUUCGCGAUUAUGACAACGCUAUUGCUUUAUUCGCACACGAGUUAUAACAACAACAACAAGAACAGAAAACGAAACGAAAAUAAUCGUUAAUUACGUAUCAUCUGAUGUUAGAGAAUAGCAAUUAAAGUGAAUGUCAUGUGGAAUUGAAGACUGUUUCCGUUGGACGCACAGACUUUACAGUUAUGAGUAGAGUAGAUGCCAAAGUGGUGCUGCUAGGCAAAUCUUACGUCGGAAAAACUUGUCUCGUUAACAAAUAUGUUCAUCAUAGAUUUGAUGCAAAUCUUCCUUACCAAAAUACUAUAGGUGCGGCCUUUGGCUCUAAGAAGGAGACAGUCGAUGGAAAGCCAAUAGUUUUAGGUAUAUGGGAUACAGCAGGACAUGAGAGGUAUGAGUCAAUGACACGGAUGUACUAUAGAGGGGCUGUAGCCUGUAUUCUAUGCUAUGAUAUCACAGAUAAAGGAAGUUUUGACAAAGCUAGGUUCUGGGCAGGAGAAUUAAAAUCUACACAAGAGGAUUGUAGAAUAUAUCUAUGUGGUACAAAGAAAGAUAUUGCAGAUGAUAAUCCAAACAAGCGGGAAGUUGAUAAAAAGGUGGCCGAGCCUCUAGCGACAGAUUUUCAAUGUCAGCUCUAUGAAACCUCUAGUCUUACUGGGGAGAAUGUAGAUGAACUGUUUAAACAAAUAGCAAGAGAUAUUAUAGAAAAAAGAGAGUCUGCAGCUAGAGAAAUCAGAGAACAAGAAGAGACUAUAAACUUGUAUACCGGACGAGAUUCAGACAGACAAGGUUGUGCACUGUUUAAAUGUUGGUCUUGACAUAGAGAGAUUUAAAUGAGCUAAUCUACAAUUUACUUUUAUAACGUUUUAUCAUUAAUAAUUGUUUUUAAAUGUAUUUUAUUACCAGUGCAUUU